AUGGUUUCAAUUCGACUACGAACAAAUCAACAAUCAACAAAUAGUCUUUUCUAUUUUUUACAUAUUCUCUUUUUAUUACAUAUCUACACAGCAUUUCUAACCAUUGUUAAUUCCUUGAAUAAUAAUGACAACGAAGCAAUCAUCCAGUUAUCAACGGAUUCGAUUCAUGUUGUGAAAUCAUCUGAUCCACGAUUUUCUAACAUCGAAGAGAACUCCGAUGAUAACGAAGAAAAAGAAUUGCUGAUUGCAUUGUUAACAUCAUUUGACGAGGAUUAUAAACAGUCAAAAGAAAUCCUUGAUGAGAAGUCAAUUGAACCGAAAGAUUCCAAUGACAUUUCGAAUCCGAAUAACUGCACAUCAUCAUCACCAAUCACGGCUUCUGCAACCGCAUCGUCUUCAUCGAUAUCAAUACGAUUUAUUCCACCGUUGUUAGAUUUUGGUGCACAAGCUAUGGCGAUGCCACGUAUGCAGACAGUUGUCAUCAUAAAUGAUAAUUCUCAACCUGUUGAAUUACAAUCACUAUCUGGUGCAACAGUUCAGUUUUACUCAUCUUUUUUCACUCAGAAAACUCUUUCGGCCAAUGGUGGAAAUACAUCAAUCAAUGUUUACUAUCUCCCACGAACGCUCGGACUCACCAAGAGUAUAUUUACCAUCAAAACCGACCGUGGCACUGUGCAUUAUUAUGUCAAUGGUAUCGGUACGCUCAGUCCAUUUCACAUACGUCCAUUAAUUGGUGCAAAUAUACCUUUGAAUUCAACGUUUGAAUAUACAGUACAUUUCUAUAAUCCAUACAAUCAUUCGAUAGAUAUCAACGAAAUUUUUACAAGUGAUGAAAAUUUGUUUAUUGAACUCUUAUCGUAUAAGCAACAGAGAAAUAAGAUUGUCAAGAGCUUUGAACAUCAACAACAAUGGCAUAUGAAACCUUAUGAAAUGAAACCGAUUAUAAAAAUCAAUUAUUAUGCAUAUAAGUUAGAGCGUCUACAUGGAUUUUACUGUAUUAAGACCAAUUCUAAUGAUACAAUUGUUGUGCCUGUUGAAAUCAACGUCUCCGAUGAACAGAGUCUCUAUUCAAAUGUUGAUAUCUUAGAAUUUUCUCCGGAGAAUUUUAUACGUUCAACAGCUCGACCAAUACGCAUACCAAUAUAUGUUAUCAAUAAUGGAAAAACUCCGGUGACUAUAACUGAUGUUCGGGUGGCAACAGUGAAUAUAAAUCACCUGAUAGUUAAUUAUGAGAAACUUCAAGUACCAGCUGGCCUUCAUCAACUGACCAAAAUAGCAGAUUUGACCAUUCAACCACAGUUAAUUCCGAAUGAAAUCAAACGUGUGCGAGGUUCAGUUCAAGUCUAUACACUACCAGCACGGACUAACGACGAACCGACUUUACAGAUUCCAUUUCGCACAACUGUAUUACAUGGUUCACUCGAUUACGAUCGAACUGCAAGUUUUUUUUACAUUCCAUCAUCCUCAAUCGAUUCAUCUAAUGAUAAUAAGGAAGAAUGUCGAGCAAUAAAACUAUUGAAUCGAUUUAACUCAUCGGUGGUCAUCUAUAGCGUUACAACAGAUAAAGCAGAAUUACUUUCUCAGUAUAUUCGGCUGAAUAUUCUUUCACCCUUUAUCUAUGCAAGUCCAGGUCAGACAGUUUUUCCAGUAUGCAUCAGUGUUAUUAAAUCAUCAGUAUUACGUGCACCAUUCAACAGCCUGGAAGCAUCACUUACAUUACAUACGAAUCUAUCCUAUUUCCAUUUACCUUUGUAUUUAUACAAUGGAUUACUGGGUCAUCAAGUCGUCGUGGAUAGUAACAAUGGUGGUAUUCGACGUAAUGAUACGAAUCCAUCCGAAUAUUUUAUCGCAAGUAUCCCGGUGAAUACAUCCCGUACAGUGAAAUUCGUAUUACAAAAUGCAAAUCCAGUAGAAAUAUCUAUCGAAACGAUAUCCCACACGUUACCAAAAUCAACGCUUCAACUUGCACAGAUGCUUUCGAUGAACGGCAGUGAAACAAAUACAGUUUUCAAAAGCAUUUAUCAGAAUGGUCAAAUCAUCGAGAUUGUCAUUCCUGCUCACCAUCAAGCGAUAUUCUCGUUGACAAUCAAUGGUAUGAGUAAUCCUUCCUUGCAUAAAGAGAUGAUUACGUUCAAAACCCGUUAUGAAACUCUCACGAUGUGCAUGAAAUAUCGUAUCAUUAGUGGAUCAGUUGUUCUUCAAAAUACAAAACCACUGUAUAUCGAUGUUUUCCCGAAUCGUGUGGGCUCGACAAAUAUUACUUUAUACAACGGUUUUGAUCAGCCAACAGAUGUGACACGUAUGGAAUUUCCAACAUAUGGUAACUGUUUUUCAUUUAUUUGGAAUACAACAUCAUCAAAUAAAUUAAUCAUUGGAUCGAAGAAGAGUCAUCAGAUCGGAAAGCUAAUGUUUGAUAUGUUACCAUUAUGUAAUAGUAUUCAGGUGCCAUCGGAAUCGACAUGUUAUUGCGGUUUGAAUAAUCAUCCCGAAUUUAAGAAGCGAUGGGAUCAACAUGUAUCAGCGUUGGAUACACAGGAACUUGAUGAUGUGUUAGUCGCAAAAUUUCGAAAUCUUUGGAAAGAAUGGACAUCACUCGUUCGAAAGCAACGAAUACAAACAAAUGUUUGGCUUAUUACAGAUCAAGCUGAAGUCUCAUGGCCAGUAAAGAUUGGAUUCGUUUGGCCAUCGGUGCUUGAAUUCAUGACAUCAGCGACCUCUCGUGCACCUGUGGUUAUCGAUUAUCAUCUGACGCUUUUAAAUACAUCCAAAACACAUAAUAUUAUUAUAACAAACCCGUCAUCAGGUCCACUUCAAUAUUCAGUUGAACUGAUCAGUGGUUAUGAUAACAAGAAAACAGGAAGUAAACGAAUGUCAGCCCCUAAUCAACAAGUAUUCGAUAUUUCGACGACACCCAAACGUGUACAAUUGUCCGAUGAAAUCUACAGAUUUACUCUUGCACCUAAUGAACAGAUGACCUUUACUGCGUCAUAUCGACCGAAGCACUCAAUGAAACACGAGAUUUACUUUGUUGUUCGAAAUAAUUUAACGAUAUUGGAAUCGAUUCUUUUGCGUGGUGAAGGUGGUAGCGGUAGUUUAACUGUCGGUAACCGGAACGCUGGCUCAUCUGACAUACCUCUUGUUUUGGAAAUGAAUGAAAAACAAUAUAAACUUUGUUCAAAUUAUCCUUCAACAGAGACCUCUCGUGGAAAUCCAAUUCUUGUGAAAAUGGUCACCCUACGUAAUACGGGAAACAUACGAGCUAUUAUCCACGAUAUAUCAUUUGGCCAUUCGAAAUGUAGUGGACAAGGCUUCUCCGUAAUAUCCUGUUCGGAAAUCGAAAUUGAGCCAAAUGAACGUUAUGAUCUUCAAAUUCGUUUUCAACCUGACUACACGCUGACUGAAAUAGCUGAAACUUUAAUAUUGAAUACCAAUAUCGGUGUUAUGACCUUUCCGCUUAUUGUGCGUAUUCCACAACGUGUUCUGGCGACGUGCUAUAAAACAAUUCCACGACCUGUGUGGGAAACACAGUUUUACCACUUAUGUUUGGGUUCAACUUUAUUCAUGCUAGUAUACAUUGUGGUGGUCGCUGUGUACGAAGCACAUCGAUUAUAUAACGAUUAUUUGGCUCGAGUAGAACUUCGUUGUCGGAUGCCAUCAGCGAAUGAAAGAUUAUUUGAUCUGAACGAAUUGACAGAAGGUGUGAGCAGCGAACAACGAAUUCGCGAACGAAUUGAAUCGCGUACGGGAAUGCAGACAGCAAAUAAUAAGAAAGAUGCAUCGAAGGAUGAAAACAAAGCAAAAGAAAACGAUAUGAGACCGAAGCGUUCAAAUGGAUCAACAAACGGGAGCAAAGAAAAUGGUGAAACAUCGUCGAAACCAUCAAGAACAUCAGAUGUCUCGAAUACAGGUGUUCGGUCAGUGGCAACUAGUCCAAAAGCAAUGGCACACAAACAUAAACGAGUAACAACAGAAAAUGGACUAGCUGGCAAAUCAUCAAAACAACAGUUAGAAACAAUCAUCAGAUCACAACCAUUGAAAGCAUCGAAAUCACCAAAUACAGAACAAUCAACAGCCUCAACACCAUGUUCAACAACUCCCCCAUCGACUUCGUUAACUGACGAAGAAAAUGAACCAUUUGUUCCUGCUCGACCAAAACGCGUGACCAGUAAGAUAAAAGAGUCAACUUCAACUUCGAGUUCUACACCGGCCAAAUCAACACCAGGAGUCAAUGGUACUGUUUCAUCUCAAACAACACCUCCACUAACACAGCCCGCACCCUCUUUGCCGACAGGAGUAUCGAAACCAACUGCACGCUCUGAACUUUCCGACCAGAGACAUCAUCAGCAAGAAAUAUCACGAUCAACGGAUUCGAUCAAUGGUCAACAAUGGUAUAUGGUUGGUUCAAAUCGAAAUAUACGCAAAGGAACUACGGCAGCUGCACAUCGACGCGAAACACCGGACGAAUCGACCACGGGCAAAACAAAUAAGGCAGUAUCAAAUAAUCCUGAACAUCCAAUGGUAUCAGCGAUGACAUCAUCUCGUGCACACGCUUCUGUUUAUAAUCAAGUGUCACAGUCGCGUCGCCGCCGAGGGCGACGUGCGGCUCGCCCUUCAUCACCCACUCAUAUUCCUUUUCUAUCAAAAAGACGAGAUUUUUCAUCUAAUACACCAAUUAGUCCUCAAAAUCGUGAACUGGCAUUUCGUCAGUUGACUGAACAGUUAUGGGCGGCUGGAUUGCCUUCAGCAGCGACGACGUGCUCUAUGUCUGUUCGUUCCCGUUGUUCAUCAGCGCCGCCUUCUGAACGCGGAGGUGCUGAUGAUGAAAUGAUUAAAAUCGAAUGGAACAAUAGCUAUGAUGUUGAAGACGAAAGUAUCAUCGAUUGGGAUGACCCAGAUAAACCUGAUGAGGACUUUGGUCGCUACGUGCCUCACGUGGAACCACCUGUGGAAGAAACAAGUCCUAUUAAUGAAUGGAUACCACCAACAACAUCAUCCUCACCAUCAAUAACAACAACAACAACUAUAGCGGCAGCAAUGGUACAACCAGCUGUUGAAAUUCCAUCACUGAUGUCGUUAUCAGCAGUAACACCACAGAUCAUACCAGCAACUAUUACACAGAAAGUAACAAUACCUUCAUCGAUCAUAAACGAAGAAGUUGAACCGUUACCAUUUCCACAACACGGCCCAGGUCCAAUACAACGUCCAAAUAAAUUGGCAUGUAUACCAUUACCACAAUCAAUAUCAUCAUACCCAACAGAAUCGCUUCAUUCGCCAGAAACACCGGAUGUGCUCGACCACAUAAAUCGCCUUCUUGAUCAUCAAAACAAUGUUGCCACUGGCUCAAUCUCAUCGCCAACACCAACGGUGUCAACCACGUCGAUUGUCAACGGUCCAAUUGCGCCAAUCAAUGAUUUAAGUGCUGGAAACAUGCCCUGGACAGCAUAUUCACCGACUGAAUGGUCGCCUAAAUACGAUUCCUCGUGGCCACUAACAAAUCUUCAGAAUCCGAAUGUAUCGUCAAGAACACAAGCACCAAAUCCAUUUCAGUUUAUGACACCUAUCAAUGAAGGAGCACGCUCACCACCACGAGAAGAUUCAUCUGUCUGGUCAUCGGUCUUAGGCACGGCUACGCCACGUUUAUUAGGUGCAAGCACACGUACACAACGUGCUUCAACAUGGAACGAACUAUUCCAAUCAACUGUACCAUCCGCUACUGAAUUAGUCAAGCCAAACAACUAUCCAUGGUUGAAAGUUUGGCCAACGCCUGAUCCACUAUCAGUGGAUGGUGCGUCAUCCAAUGGACACGAACCAGAAGCCAUGCAUCCGUUUUGGAAUCUGAGUACGUUAUCUACUGAAGCAACUGCAUCGUCAACAACGCCAACUCAACAGCUACCUGCGACAAUGUGGUGGUCAAAUGCAUCAUCCGAUAAAAACAACAAUAAGAGUCAAAACAAUCACUCAGACGACGAUUCAGCCAAUAAUCGUGAUCAAUCUCGAUGGGAUUUCGCUCGUUAG